AUAAAUGUGGCGUUUUUUUACGAUGUGAUAGUCGUUAGAAGGAUGAAUGUCGCCGUACCGGAUGUUCGAGAGUGCACCCGGCGAUUUGUCGCGUUCCGGUUAUGCUCCCCAGCUCUCUGCGUCGCUCUCAAUGACACAUGUCCCUGUUCACAAAGCAGCGACUACCGGUGCCCAAACUCUUUGUGCAUAUCACCGCACUUCCGUUGUGACGGGAACCCAGACUGUCCUGGGGGCGAGGACGAGGUCGCGUGUCCGAGCAUGGGUCACUUGGUGUCCGAACGACCAGAGGAGAAUUCGAUGGCUGUGAUCGUCACCCUGGCAACCAUAUGCGCUCUCUUCUGCAUCGUCAUCCUCGUCAUGGUUGCUAGGUUCGUCAUUAAAAAGCGGAAUGCGAACACCUCUACAGACUACAAGUCAGGAUGUGCGGAACAAUUCCGUCGGUCGUAUAUAACGGCUGAUACAAGUUCGUCAGACGAUAACGAUAAAUCUAGUCGAAGAAUUAUAAAGUAUUACCCAAUAGUCCCUAGCUCCAAAGAAGAUUGCGCUUGGGCACAUAUUAAGAAAGUCAGCUUAGAAAAGAUCGAAGUGGACACAGAACGUCACACAACCCGUGACGUCAUCGAUUGUGAAGACGGGACGACCGAUGUAAAAGACAUUAAUGUAGCAUUUGAUGAUUGCGUGGAAAUAAACGUACCUGGGGUAACGGAAAAAUCAACCAAAGCGGUAGGUGUUGGAAAAUACAUGUUUAAGCCGAGAUUAAAGUACACUAACUGCAACGAAAUCUUGUUCAAAGACAAAGACGAGAAAGAGAAACUGUACGUUAUUAAUAGUUAUAAACACUGUUCGGGAAAAAGUAUCGUUCCGUCGACCUUGACCUUCGAUAAGGACCCGGACAAUUUUACGGCAAAGUUUAACAAUGAGUUUUUGUGCUCAUCCACACCCCGGCAAGGCGCUAGACAGUUAAUGUUAUCAAAUAUCCUGAACACAUCAACAGACAGUAUCAAUAGUAAUGUUUGAUUAGUGUUGUUAGCAAAUUAGUAAUUUCAGCAAAAAGUAUAAUAAUGUGAAUUGUUUGUGGAUUUAUUUUCAGGGCACAGUUGUCAUGUGAGCAUAAAAAUCAUACAAUGAGAUUUAGAUACACUGACAGUUGUUGUUAUUUUUAUACAUGUAUUUAUAUAAAUGUUUCAUUUACAUUCUACAAAAAUGUCGAUAUAUCAAAUGUGCUUAAGUAAUUUAAAAGUGUAUUUGUAUUGCCAUGAUAUUGUACGAAUUAUCUAGUCAGAUAUCUAUUUAUACUCGAAAUAUCCAGCAUUGUGUAUUUAUAUAUAUGGUUUGUAAUGUGCAUGUAUAUGCGCUGCUAUUUUGAUUUGCAUAAUAUUCAGAUAUUAAAUAUUUAGUCUUACGCUUUUUGUAAUAAAUGAAAAAAGUGUAUUUUGUUUAUCUUUUUAAAGUUACAUUUGUUAUAUUUUAUGUCAGAAAAUCAACAUUCAAUUUUUUUUCUAAAAUCAAAUGACAGCAUAUCAAUAUUAUCAUACUGACUUUUUUUAUAUUAUUACAUUGUCGGCGGAUCAUUUGAUGGAAAAAAAGGUUCGCCAGCCAUCCGCCCGUUCGUAUUUCGGUCAGUUAGUUUAUUUGUGCGUACAUCGCAAAACUGAAACUUGCGGUAACAUUUUAGCCUUGUUCUGAGAAAACUGGGCUUAAUGCAUGUGCAUAAAGUGUCAUCCCAGAUUAGCCUGUACAGUCCGCACAGGCUUAUCAGGGACGACACUUUCCGCCUAAACUUGAUUUUCUGUAAGAAUGGACUUCCUUGAAACUUAAAAUAACAUAAAAGCGGAAAGUGUCGUCCCUGAUUAGCCUGUGCGGAAUGCACAGGCUUAUCUGGGACGACACUCUACUCACAUACAUUAAGCCCAGUUUUCUCAGAACAAGGCUCAAAUGAUUGUUAAAAAUAAGAAUUUACAAUAUACAGGCAGCACACACGGACUCCAACAUUCAGGUUGAUAUACGUUGCAUUUUAGAAAUUCAACGGAACAUAUAUUUGGUUAAAUUGUAAUUAGCAUACCAUUAUCUAUGUUAUCUGUAAAUGCAUCACUUAAAUGUAUGUUGAAAGAAAGAUUGAUAGAUAGUGACACUGGUAUGCCGAGGACCUCUGUGACGUCGCGUGCUCGUCAUGAAGCUAUUUAAAUCCACGCUCCUUAAUGUUCAUAUGAUAAUAAAUCAUCGCGCCGUCAGAAUUUCUAUUCUACAACAUGCUAUUUAUAGUAUUUGGUCAGUGGUGACCGACAAUAAAAUAAAUAACCAUGUGUAGUUAUAUUUAAUUCACAAGAUAUUUGCCAUAAUUUAUGUUAAUUGUAACCACAUGUAGUAAAUUUAAUAUUUUAAUGUUGAUGUUGAUUUUAUUCUUGUUGUUUUGUUUAUGUAUGUGAUGUUAAUGUACGUUUAAAUGACAACAAACCCCUAAACAUACUUUUGACAGAAAUAAAACUAAAUAUAAUAUAUAAUAAAUAAAAUUAAUUGACUGAGACGAGAGUAAGUAAUAAAAACUAAUUCAGGUGUUCAAAACAAAUAUAUUUCUCAAUGUAACAUACUUUUCAUAAGAUACUGUGUCGCCAAAAAAUAGUGAGUUAUAUAUAGCACUAUUAUGAAACAAAAUGCUUAUGAUGUUUGUUGAAAUAGCGUAGUGCAAGUUGCAACAUUUUGCGGUUUUACUUCAAAUAACAUGAAAGGCAAAUUUAAAGCAUACAUAUUUACUACCAAUUAAAGCAUAAAUGUUUACUGCAAAUCAAAGCAACAAUUUUGUUUGACUAUUGCAACGCUUCUUUAUUUUAAAGGUAAUACAAACAUUAAAUAUCGCCGUUUGAACAUUUAAUAACCGCUAUCGGGCUUACUUUUCUGACAUUUAUUGCGGAAAUGGUGAUGGUUUCAAUUUUAUUGACUACUAUUAUCGUUUAUUGUAUAUUAACUAUAUGUUUUACAAGAUAUCUGUUGCCGGUUUUAUAUUGAUGAUCGCACUUGUCAAAAGUUGUUUUA